AUGGUUGUCGAACAAAGUGUGAACGACCAACGCGCCACACCUCACGCGGGCAAGAUGUGUGGGCCGGAGCUGCUGUCGAUGCACAUCCCCGGGGCGCCGGCUGUGGGCGGCGACGCCUCCCACCCGCCGCGCGUGGGCAACCGCGUGCGCUGCCACACGGACGGCUUCAUCGUCCUGCCGCAGCGCUUCCGCGAAGACGGCAAGCGCCGAGACCCCUCGCGGCCGAUCUCGCCGGCCUCCUUCGUCCCGCGGCCAAGCGAGCCGCCGGCCAAGCCUCCGCGGUUUCGGCUGGGCGCGAGUGUGUUAGGCGCAGUCGCGGAGGAGGAAACGGACCCUGCGAUGCCGUCAGAUCAGCGGGCGUUUUCGGCCUCGUUCUCGCCCUACGCGGCGAUUUCUUCGCUCUACCCCGACGUGUGGAAGGUACACACGGCGUCCAGCCGCGCCGCGAUGACCUCUGCGAGCUCCGUAGGCGCCGCAGGCGCCGCGGUGUCACCGAGCGCCAAGUGCCACGAGGAGAAGGACUUGGGGGAGAACGAGCAGGAGUCGGCGGAGUUCGUGCGCGGCGACCGCGCCGGGCCCGCGCCUGCUGUGGCGCCCGCGCCGGUCUCCGGCGGGUGUGUCCCUGGGCCCUCAGGCGGCGAAGAGGCUGCCGCGUUGAUCGAGAAACUGUCUCUCUCGCCUUCCGUGCCGGCGUCCGCCCCUGAUGGGGGGGAGGGCGACGGUCUGGUCGCAGAGGAGGACCCUACAGAGAACAACGGGCUGCGGCUGUCUCAGCCGAGUUCUGGGAACGAGGCCGCGGAGAGUCGGUGUGAGCACGCGGAUCUCUUCAGCCAGGGCGGCGCCGAGAGCGUGUCGUGCCUCUCAGCUGUCAGCCAGACGCUGGAGGCGAGAGCCUCUAUGCCCGCGGGCCGCACGCGCGCGGUGACUUUGGACUCCUUUGAUGCAGAGUUCCGCGCUCAGGCCGGACGGAAGACGCGGGCGGACGAGUUCCCGGUGUCUCCUCUGCUGACGUUCACGCUGCAGAAUCUGAGGAUGCAGGCUGAACAGCGCGGGCCAACCGAGGAGGAUCUCACGCUGCCGCCAUUCCUUUCCUUCGAUCUUCCAGAGCGCGCACUGUCCUCCGUACCAGAGAGCGAGGCCCGGGCGAAUAGCAUCGCCGUAGAGGGUCGAGUGGUUCAAGCGGGAGAAGGGCACGCGUGGGCACGGAGUGGGCUGGGGCGAGAGGAGGGAGGAAAAGAGGAGGGGAUGAUCAAGUCCGGGGGCAGUCUGGCGCGGCUGCUGGUUUGGAAACUCGCACAUCGAGCUGCUUGGGAAUUGGAAAGGGCCCGAAGAGCGGCCUCAGGUCUCACGCGAUCCCGCCACCUCGGCUUCCAGCCUCGCGCCGCCGGUGCUCAACGCGUCUCCGGCCUCCGCCGCGGCUUCCAGGCCUGGGCACCCACACCGGGGGUUUCAGCUCUCGCGCGGGGCGGGGCGGACCGAGUCUCUGCAUCUGGCGGCAGCCUGAAGAGAGCGGCGGUCUGUCACUCUCUUUUUCUGGAGCUCAAAGGCACGGUCUACCUGACAGGCGGUUGUGGGGUGGCGAGCGCACACCUGUGGGUCUGCGCGCGGGCCGCAGCUGCAGGCUGGGCACGCGUUGCCUUGGAGAGGCGAAGACGUCGCGGGAGGGGGAUGAUGUGUGUAUGCUGUGGCGGCGACUGUCGAGUGCCCCUGGUAGGCGCCCGGGGCGAGGUUGGACCGGUCCGGUCGUCUUCGGAUGGGGACGGCACGUUGACGAGUUCGCCGGGGAAUCUACAGAGGAAAGGCACGGUCGAGCUCGGGGAGGGGAGUGGCUGCGAGCGCGCAUGCGGCUGCUGA